UUUCGGUGGUGGGGGAAGUUGGGUCCAGACCGUAGAGGUUUCGAGUGUGGGUCUGGGGCCGCGACGAGGCGUUCCCGGAACGUACAUGGCGCACAUGCCGGACCACAUGUGUCAGCUUCUAGAUUGAAUUUCGACGGCACGAAGUAUAUUUUCUGGUCUCCCUAAGUUUCUAAACGUUUCUCUAUGAAUCAAAGAUGUAUUUUCAUCUCUUCCGUUAAAUAUUCCCGCAAAUGUUAAAGAGAAUCGUCAUUGUCGCUGUGUUAUCCUUGUGGGUGGUGAGGUUAUAUUUUUUAAAGCCGAGUAACAUAGUGUGAAGAAUUCAAGACAUUGAAAAUGCCUACUGGAAGUCGUGUUUUUCUGCAAAAUAGAGCCUUGGGCUAUGUGAGCAACCAUAUUCCUCUUGUUGUUCGAUACAUCCAGAGACGGAAGGAGAACUUAAUAGUGACCUGCACUGGAAGAGCAUUUCACACUUAUGGAUGCUCUCACUUUUCUCUACUCAGUGUUUGCUCGAAACACCCAUCCGAAAUAACAUGUUUGGGAGCCGAUACCUACCAUGUCUACACUUCUUCCGAAAAUGUCAUCUAUGCUUGGCGCAGAGGAGCAGAGCUAGCUCACACAUAUAAUGGACAUGAACAUCCUGUGCACAUUCUGCUUCCCUUUGGUCCGCAUCUUGUAUCUGUGGACGAAUCCAGCAACUUAAAGGUCUGGGAUGUUAAGGCCGAAUCAUUGUACCUAGAACUCUCAUUUGACAGCAAAGUUUUUAGCAUCACCACUGCCUUGCAUCCCAGUACAUAUAUCAACAAAAUUCUUUUAGGGAGCCAAAAGGGCACAUUACAAUUGUGGAAUAUUCGUACCUCGAAAUUAGUCUAUACAUUUUCUGGUUGGAAUUCUGCUGUGACAGCCUUAGAACAGGCUCCUGCUAUUGAUGUUGUUGGAAUUGGCUUGGCAAAUGGUCAAAUCAAAUUGCACAACCUGAAAUUUGAUGAGACUAUCAUGGAAUUUUCUCAAGAUUGGGGCUUAGUAACGAGCCUGUCUUUCCGAACUGAUGGUAACCCAAUUAUGGCUUCAGGUAGUUUAUCAGGCCAUGUUGUGUUUUGGAAUCUUGAAGAAAGAAAAGUUGUCUCACAGCUGCGUGCCCAUAGUGGAGGAGUGUCAGGCCUCCAAUGUCUGGCCAAUGAACCUUUGAUGGUCACAUCAUCAGCAGACAACAGUGUAAAACUUUGGAUAUUUGAUUUACCGGAUGGUGGAGCUCGUCUGCUUCGAAUUAGGGAAGGUCACACUGCACCUCCGUCUUGUAUAAGAUUUCAUGGCAGCAAUGGCCAUAAUAUUUUAAGUGCUGGUGGUGAUUCUUCUCUCCGAAUUUUUUCUACAAAAACUGAAACUUUUAAUAAGAGCUUAGGAAGAGCUUCUUAUAACCGAAAACUAUCAAAGACAAAAGGAGCUUCAAGUGAUCCUUGCAAAAUGCCACCGAUAGUAGACUUCACAUGUGAAACUACUCGGGAAAAAGAGUGGGAUAAUAUUGCUGCAAUCCACUCAGGACUUCAUGUUGUUACGACAUGGUCAUAUGACAAGGUGAAAAUGGGCAGCCUUAAAUUAGUACCAGACAGGUUAAAGAAGAAACCCAAUGAGAGUAAAAACAAAGCACCAAAAGUUACUGCUACAUGUUUGUGCUUGACUCAGUGUGGUAAUUUUGUUGUUAUCGGGUACAGUUCAGGUCACGUUGAUCGUUUCAAUAUUCAGUCAGGUAUUCAUCGUGCUACCUAUGGUAAUCCAGUUGCUCACAAUGGGGCUGUUCGUGGAGUUGCCACAGAUGGUCUUAACCAGAUAGUUGUGAGUGGUGGAAGUGAUACCUUUAUCAAAUUUUGGAAUUUCAAAGAAGCAGGUAAAUCAUUGCUGUCAAAGAUACAUGUGGAUGAAUGUGUAGCGUUUUUCCAUGCUCAUCAUGAAAGUGCCAUGUUAGCUGUUGCACUAGAAGACUUCUCUAUUGUAAUUGUGGAUAUAGAUACAAGAAACAUUGUCAGAAAAUUUUCUGGUCACACAGCUCAGUUAACAGAUGCAGCAUAUACUCCUGACUCAAGAUGGCUUGUAACAUCUGCAAUGGAUUGUACUGUCAGGCUUUGGGAUAUACCUUCCUCCCAACUCAUUGAUAUCUUCCAGGUGGAUGCUGCUUGUACAUCUUUAAGUUUUUCACCUACUGGUGAAUUUUUGGCCACGACCCAUGUUGAUCAACUUGGAGUCUAUCUGUGGUCAAAUCGGACUCUGUUUUCCCAUAUAUCUCUUCGUCCACUUUCCUCUUCGUUGGAUGCAAUUUCAGUUAUGGACUUACCAGCCUCAGCCACUGAUGAACUUCAAGCUACCCAUCAGGGAGAGGAGCUGCCUCUGGAUGAUGUUGAACCUGAGUUCACUUCUCCAGAUCAAUUGGCUGAUGACCUCAUUACUCUUUCAUUAGUUGCAAAUUCAAGAUGGCAGAAUUUACUUAAUAUUGAUCUUGUAAAGAAGAGGAAUAAACCUAAGGAGGCUCCAAAGGCACCAAAAGCAGCCCCUUUCUUUUUGCCUACUUUGCCGACUCUGAGAGAUUUUGAGUUCGACCUGUCAGGGGCCAUCAGCCAAGGAGAGGGUGGUUCCAAAAUUUUAGACCUAAGUGCAAUGCAAUCCCUUUCAGCAUUUGGAAAAUCCCUCAACCAAUGCAGUGACAAGGACUAUUCCUCAGCCUUUUCCAAGUUGAAAGAAAUGGGUCCAGCUGCAAUUGAUAUUGAAAUCAACCAGUUAGCUCCAGAAGGUGGAGGUUCAUUUGAACUUUUACUCAAGUUCAUGAAAAUGAUCAACUCUAUUCUGCAAUCACAUAAGGACUUUGAAAUUGCCCAAGCAUAUCUUGGACUCUUUUUAAAAGUUCAUGGUGAUACAAUAUCUCAAAGAAAUGAACUGAAAUCCUUCAUCAGUGAAAUAAUAUCUAGCCAGCAUAGUGGGUGGUCGAAUCUUCAGAACAAAUUACAGUACAAUUUAUGUGUCGUCCAUGCAUUGAAAAAUGUCUCAAAUUAAAUCUGGUGUUGAAAAUAUUUUUACUAUUGAUAAAAUAAAAUUUGUUUCCUGUUUCCACUA